GUUCCGAUCUUCCUUCCACCAUUCACCCCAACAUCCUUUAACACCACGACCCGUAACACAAAAUGGCUGCACCGGAGCAUGUUUUUCCAGCUUCUAAGCUCGGAGAAUACACAGUUCUUAAGGAUAUCGCAGAAGGCACUUUUGGCGUCGUCAGAAUGGCCGUUCAUACAGUGACAAACCACGUUGUUGCCAUGAAAUAUAUUUCAAAAGCUGCGAUAUCCCGAGAAAAGACUAAAAAUCGUGUAAAGAAGGAGUACGACUACAUGAGAUUGUUAAAGCAUCCUCAUAUAAUCAAGCUCUAUGAAGUCAUUAAUACUCCAACUGAUGUCGUUUUUGUUCUCGAAUACGCUGGAGGCGAAUUAUUCAACUAUAUCGUGCAAAACGGGCGGAUGGAAGAGAAGCGUGCCCGCCGCUUUUUUCAACAAAUAAUCUCCGGAAUCGAAUAUUCUCACCGGCUCAAGAUUGUUCAUCGAGAUCUAAAGCCCGAGAACGUGCUUUUGGAUGAUGGCUUGAACGUGAAGAUUGCUGAUUUUGGUCUAUCAAACGAAAUCAGCGACGGUGAUUUCCUUUCGACUAGCUGUGGAAGCCCUAACUAUGCUGCUCCCGAAGUCAUCCGUGGGGCCGUCUAUGCUGGCCCAGAAAUUGAUGUCUGGAGCUCAGGAGUGAUUCUCUAUGUGAUGCUUUGCGGACGGUUACCGUUUGAAGAUGAAGAUGUUCAGGUUUUGUUUCAAAAGAUCAGCCAGGGAACGUACUCUAUACCGCACCAUGUAUCGCCUGAAGCCCGAAGCCUCAUCGCCGCCAUGCUAGCGGUUGACCCCGUGAAGCGCAUCACCAUCCCGGAAAUCAUAGAUCACCCAUUUUUCCAAAAGGAUCUUCCUCGGUACCUCAAGCCGUUACCUCCAAAACCUUUCCCCCUUUUAGGAACGCUGUCGUCGUUAGUCAGCCCGCCCAUCCACCCCGUGGACUUUGAGAUUAUUCCAGAGUUCGGGCGAGUUGAAGAGGAUGUUGUAGAUGACCUAGUCGAAAGGAUUGCAGGUGUAACAAAGGAGGAUAUCAAGGCAUGCUUACGAAGGGAUGAUGGGAUCAAUGGAAACGUCGUCAAGGUUGCUUACAUGCUGUUAAGGGACCAGCGUCGACAGGGCAAAGAUAUGUCUUAUUAUGCUGAAUUAGAGCGCGACGCUGAGCUUGCUGCGCUGGAUCCUCGUAACGCCAUCUCACCUGGUGCACUAUCGCCAAGUGGACGUGACGUGGAUGAAAAUCCGUUUGAAACCAACUUUGCCGAGGCAGAAGACCUGGACGAGUAUGAGCUAGAGCUUGGAGGUUACGAUUCUAAUCCCGAUGUGAGCACCUUUGCGGUGCUUAACUCUUCGCUCCCCGAUCGUCCGGUCGAGCAACAGCAUCACCUUUCUUCAUACGUUUCAGCAAAACGUUCGGCUGGAUCAAGCGGAGGUCGUCGUCACCGCCAAGGUGAUCAACAUCGCACAAAAUGGCAUUUCGGGAUACGGAGUCGAAGUCCUCCCAUGGAAAUUGUAUUGGAAAUAUACAAAACGCUCAAGGUGCUAGGAAUGGAGUGGUUGGAGAAGAAAACACUAGGUGGAUUAGGAGGGGUGAAAACAAAGAUAGUGAAAGGGGAAGAUGGGUCGGUCAAAAUUGACAGAGUAAAAAGGUUGGAUGGAUUAGGAGAAGUGGACCUUCGUCUCGCGAGCAGUAUUUAUUUUAUAGAGACACGAACCCGGGUACAAGAUGUCGUCGUUUUGAUGAACCUCCAGCUGUACAUGGUGGACGCCGUCAAUUACCUCGUUGACUUUCACCAUAAGAAAUCUUAUAAAGCUUCUUUUGCGCAAGGGGCGGGUCAAUUCGAUAUGGCUGUCCAACCUGCCCCUAUAAUUGACUCGGCUGAGAAGGAUGCGGCCAAGGAGAUGGAAGUUGUUUCGCCGUACGUGUUCAUGGAUGUUGCGUGUAGAUUAAUUUUGGAGUUGGCUGGCGGAGGCGAGUAGAGCUGUAUUAAUCCUAAUCUUGUUUUUUCUAUCCAAUUGUUAUCCAGGACUGUUGUACCACCUCCGAAGUCGGAAAGUAACUGUACCUAUAUUAUGUCCAUGUAUAUCUCUAACUAUAUUUGUAUACUUUCACGUCAUUCAUGAAAUGUUGCUUUGCGUCGAUAUCCAAGAAGGGGACCAUGCA